AUGAAGAUCAAAGGUGAUGGCAUCCCACAGAUGACAGAUAAUGGGCAAAAUAUAUUCUUGGUGUGGAGCAGUGCUGCCGAAUUAACUUCCCUGUGUACAUCCCAGAAUCGUUUUGGAUCUGUUAAGACGGCGGCCCAGCGGAGGAGCGGAAAGCAUGGUCUGGGGGGCGGGGGACGCCUGGUAGGCGCUCUGGCCGCUGUUGUGUGGCUACGUGCUGGCGCUGCAGGGCGGGAUGCUGUGCCCCCGAGAGAGGCCGUUGCAGGAGCGCAAGAAGCUGGACGGCCUCUGGAGGAGCUUCUGCGCCUUCUUAGACAACCAGUGUCGUGGCUUCUAGGAGCAGUGGUAUCCGCCUCUGCUGGGAGAGUCGGACCCCAUCCUGGACAUGCCGGUUCCCUCAGCUUCAACGACAUUGGCCAGGACUGGUGGCUGCGGCAUUUUGUAGGCCAGAUGUGGUACGAACGGGAAGUGACCCUGCCGGAGCAAUGGACCCAGGACCUGCACACAAGAGUGGUGCUGAGGAUUGGCAGUGCCCACUCCUAUGCCAUUGUGUAGGUAAAUGGGGUAGACGCGCUAGAGCAUGAGGGGUCUACCUCUCCUUCGACACCGACAUCAGCAGCUUGUUCCAGGUGGGGCCCCUGCCCUCCCACCUCCGCAUCACUAUCACCAUCAACAACAUGCUCACCCCCUCCACCCUGCCACCAGGGACCAUUCUCGACAUGGCCGACACCUCCACGUGGGUACCAUCCUGCCUCCGCCGCAUGCGCCCACCUUCCUGCCCCACCCCGUGGGGCAUUACUUUAGGGUGAUGUGAGAACAUAUCAGUGACUUACAAAUUUUGUAAGUAAUUAAGACAUUUUCAGUGAGAAGUAUGGAGCUGAAUAUUUACAUGAACCCUUCAAAAAGUGAUAGUUAAUGGAAUAAAUGAAAAUAACAGGAGAGACUUUGUUGAAAGAAGACAAAAUAGUCAAGGAAGUGAUAGAGGAUACAAAAGAAAGAUGAAAACUUACAUUCAUUUAAUGUCUACCAUAUGCCAAAGACAAUAUUAUUAUUUAGUUUUUAUAACCACAACAUUUGGUGGAUAUGAUGACUUCCAUUAUAUAGGUUAGGAAAGUAAAGCUUAGAGGCUUGUGAACCCACUAGUUUGAAGUUGUGUAGCGAAUAGGUGGCUGAGUGAGAAUUCAAAACUGGAACAGAUUUGCUUGAUCCAGAAUGAUUUUAUUGUCCAUGCAUUUUCUUCUACAUAGUACUGCCUGUAAAGUGGCAGUCAGUUAUGGGAGGAGACCCAGAAUGUCACAGAUUUUGAAAGUUGUUGUGGAAAAUUUGGAAAGAGGCAUUGGUUUUAAUGACUGAUACAGGUGAGUGAAGAAUGACUUUGGAGAGAACAGUUUUCUUCAAUGGCAUGGUAGUGUUUAAAACAGAAUUUGAUGGUAAAAAAAUGUAGAACCAGUGUGUGUAGACUCAUCGAUGGAAAAGUUUAUUUGUAAAAUAUCAGAGGAAAAUUGUAACAUAGAUUUGUCCAUUCAAACCCCCCGCCUCCCCCCACAAAGUCCAGAUUCUUACUACAUUCUUUGAUGUAGCCAAUAUACAGCAGUUGAGUUCAAUUUUGGCCCCUGUUUAUGUGUAUGCUAAAGAAAAAUAACAAUCCUAAGUAUAUGCCACUUAAACAAGAGGAUGUGAUUAUACUAUGAAACACUUUUGACCAUAGGAAUACAGCAGUGCUAAGGCAAGAUAGGUCUUAACUCUUGCUGUCAUUUGCUGCCAUUGUUUGCCAAAGGUCUAGCACCCAUCUUCAGAGGAAAGUCAAGAAAUUAGUGCUCAGAUGGUGGGAUGAAUUCCUGAAUUACUGUUGGCUCUAGUAGUGUCUUCAGAUCAAUUUUAUAGUUUCUUUAGAAUUAGAAAAUUAGUUCUCAGAACGGCACUUGGCCACCCAAUGUGUAUACUGCAAUUACUCAACCAGCUGCUUGAAAGCAAGGGGCAACAGAGAAGUCAGCUACUGGCUGACCUCAGGCAACAGGAAUUUUGAUGAUACUCCUUGGUCAAAUCCUUCAUUUAACAUACAUUUAUAUAGAACCUUUCUGUGUCAGACACCAUUCUAGGUACCAUAGAUACAACAAUAAAGAGAACUGA